AUGGCAUUUUACCAGUCGGAAAAAAAAAACAGGCAAAGCAGUUCAGCCCAAAAUAUUGAGGAAGGAACCCAAAACUUAGGCAACCCCAAAGCGCGCAGAUCACAAGGCGGAGAGGAAGAAGGCCCAAGUGAAGUAUCAAACUCGUCUGGCAACACGUGUAGUGUCCCCCCUCAUGAAAAGUUAAGCGACAAGGUGGGAGACACACUGGGAGGCACACUGGGAGGCACUCUGGGAGGCGCACUGGGAGGCACUCUGGGAGACAGACGAGUCGACAAACCGCUCAACCUGUCGGGUCAUAAACCAGGAGAAAAGGCGCUUUCUCAGCUGCUAGUUAAUCCACCCGUCCAACCGCUAGCCCAACUGCCAGCCCAACCACCAACCCACCCAACCAUGAACUGCUACCAGAGCGAUGCCAAAAAAAACAACUACCUCAUGAGGCAGGCUGUAUUUUUCACGCCCAAAAAAAACUGCGUAAACGCAAGUAAUGAAAAAAAGGAAAUUGGGAAUAAAAUUGGCCAAAAUGGGAAUGACGAGAAUGCCUUGAAUAACACAUUGCACAACUAUGGUGCUUGGGUGGGAGGGUCUGAUCAGAGGAAAAUGGAGAGUUUUAAUGGGACCAUUUGGAAGGGCAAAGAUACUUUGUUGUCUUACAAUAGUGACAAACAUGGCGUAAACCAUAGCAGCGUAAAUUUGAGCACCGCGCCUGUGUCCUUCUCGCAUAGCUUUGGAACGGCGGAGAAUGCCGUCGCGGGGGGAGAGUACUCCCUUGCAGGGGGACACUACGCGGCGUGUGCAGGACAAUACGGCAGCGGCGUGGGGGAGUACACUGUUGGGGGCACGGAGUACGGGGGAGGAGGCGCGGGGGAGUACCCCAUCUGCAGUGCGAACAACUGCUGCAGCGUGAGUAGUAGCCUGACCCUGCAGGGGAACAACUUCAACACGCCCAGCAUAGGCAACAUGAACUUUCUCCAAAACGGAAGCACCCUGAGC